AAUUAACUUUUGUUAAAUUUAUUAUAUAAAAAAAAAUUAUACAUAAAAUAGUCUAAAUGUUAUAAUCACUAUUCAAAAUAUGAAUGAUUUACAAAUGUUAUCAAUAAAUCAAGAAUGAUUAUUAAAGUAAAAUUUUGAUGUUCUAAAUAUUUAAUAAAAUAUUUAGAAAAAUAAUUUAAAAAAAUAUAAGAAGCAACACCCACGCAGGUUACAGCCCUGAGAACGCAUGAUAUCCGCUACAAUGCUGCUUCAUAUGCGCAAAGAGGCAAGUCGUACAGCGCGCGCGCACAUUUAGUUCGACGCGUUUGCGUUAAACUUUGUCUAGACUUCUCAUCGAUUGGUUUUUAGGGAACCAAGUAUAUUCAAAAAAAUCAUUUUCAGAUUUAGCAUAGAGUAGUAAUGUAUUAGGAAACAAGACCGUCGCGUAUUAUUUAUUGUCCAUGUUCUUUUUUCAAUCUAAUAUAAGUAAAAUCGUUGAUUCUCACCUUUGUACACGCAAAUCAAUCCACCCGCAAAAUCAUCGAACAACGGCAGCCAUCUUUACUGGCUCCGAAACGGGCUGUGGUUUGUGACAGAGAGACGGUAGUGCUUCUUCAUGUGGUUCACGCGACCAUCUCAUCGCCUAUGCACCCUACGAGAGAUUGGAAAUCAUUUUUAAGUGUGGCUAAUUAGAAGAACUAAGGAACUCGUCUCACGAAUCCGAGCUACCAAAAUAUGGCAAUGGAGACGCCAAGGGAGCGUGAGAUUGCCGCGGAGGACAGUAUUAAGGUAGUCUGUAGAUUUCGACCUUUGAACGACUCCGAGGAAAAAGCUGGUUCGAAAUUUAUUGUAAAAUUCCCCUCUGGCGGUGAGGAUAAUUGCAUCUCUAUCGGGGGAAAAGUAUAUCUUUUUGACAAAGUUUUUAAACCAAAUGCUACUCAAGACAAAGUUUAUAAUGAAGCGGCUAGAUCAAUUGUCACAGAUGUAUUGGCAGGGUAUAACGGCACUAUUUUUGCAUAUGGUCAAACAUCUUCAGGAAAAACACAUACCAUGGAAGGUGUUAUUGGAGAUCCAAAUAAACAAGGUAUUAUUCCCAGAAUUGUUAAUGAUAUUUUCAAUCAUAUUUAUGGUAUGGAAGAAAAUUUGGAAUUUCACAUCAAGGUAUCAUAUUUUGAAAUCUAUAUGGACAAAAUUAGAGAUCUUCUUGAUGUUUCCAAAGUGAAUUUAAGUGUGCAUGAAGACAAGAAUCGAGUUCCAUUUGUAAAAGGUGCAACAGAACGCUUUGUAUCUAGUCCUGAAGAAGUAUUUGAAGUUAUAGAAGAAGGAAAAUCAAAUAGGCACAUUGCAGUAACUAAUAUGAACGAACACAGUUCACGUUCUCAUUCUGUAUUUUUAAUAAAUGUGAAACAGGAAAAUUUAGAAAACCAAAAGAAGCUUUCUGGAAAAUUAUAUCUUGUUGAUUUGGCUGGUUCAGAGAAGGUUUCUAAAACUGGAGCAGAAGGAACUGUAUUAGAUGAAGCAAAAAAUAUCAAUAAAUCUUUAUCAGCACUUGGCAAUGUAAUAUCAGCUUUAGCUGAUGGAAAUAAAACUCACAUUCCUUAUCGUGAUUCAAAAUUAACUAGAAUUUUACAAGAAUCUCUUGGUGGCAAUGCCAGAACUACAAUUAUUAUUUGUUGUUCACCAGCUAGUUUCAAUGAAUCAGAAACAAAAUCGACAUUAGAUUUUGGUAAACGUGCUAAAACUAUUAAGAAUGUUGUAUGUGUUAAUGAGGAAUUGACAGCUGAAGAAUGGAAACGUCGCUACGAAAGAGAAAAAGAAAAAGCAGCUAGAUUGAAAGGAAAAGUUGAAAAAUUAGAAGCUGAAUUAUCACGUUGGCGACAGGGUGAAACUGUUAAACCUGAAGAACAAGUUAAUUUGGUUGAAGGACCAGAUGUUACAACACCAAUUAAUAUGUCUAUUGAAGGCAAACUGGAUGAUGGUCCAAUGCCAGCCACUCCUGGUGGUAACUUAAUGGCUGGAUCUUUAUCUAAUGAAGAAAGACAAAAAUUAGAAGAAGAACGUGAAAGACUUUAUCAACAAUUAGAUGAUAAAGAUGAAGAAAUCAAUCAACAAUCGCAAUAUGUUGAGAACUUAAAAGAACAAAUUCAUGAACAAGCAGAAUUAAUUGCUACUGCAAGACGUGAAUAUGAAAAACUUCAACAGGAAGUAAAUCGAACACAGCAAGAACACGAACGAGCUAAGGAAGAAGUUAAAGAAGUUUUACAAGCAUUGGAAGAAUUAGCAGUUAAUUAUGAUCAGAAAUGCCAAGAGUGUGAUAUUAAAAAGAAAGAAACUGAAACUUUAACAGAAGAAUUAUUAGCAAAACAAACGACAUUAAAUAGUACGGCUUCAGAAUUACAACAAUUACGCGAUAUGUCGGCUCAUCAAAGAAAACGUAUUGCAGAAAUGCUAGCAAACUUCUUAAAAGAUUUAGGUGAAAUUGGAGUUGCAAUUGGUGGUGAUGAAAAUUUAAAAGUUGCACCUACAGAAAGUAAUGGUAAACUUGAAGAAGAAUUUACUGUGGCAAGACUGUUUAUUAGUAAAAUGAAAUCAGAGGUGAAGAAUUUAGUACAACGAUGUCAAGGAUUAGAAAGUUUCCAAGUAGACUGUAACAAGAAAGUUGCUGAAUAUGAAAAAGAUUUGGCUGAAUGUCGUUUAUUAAUUUCUCAACACGAAGCUCGCAUGCAAACAUUAACGGAAUCAAUGAAAGUAGCAGAAGCACGUAAACGUGCUUUAGAAGAAGAUGUUGAUGCUUUACGCGAAGAAUGUGCCAAGUUAAAGGCUGCAGAACAGGUACAAGCAGUUACAAAUAAAGAAAAAGCAGAAGAAAAAGAAGCAGCGACAAAGAUGAGAGUAGCACUAGAAGAACAAAUGGAUCAAUUGCGAGAUGCUCAUCAGAAACAAGUCGCAGCACUUCGAGAUGAAUUAUCUGAAAAACAAGAAUUGAUUAGUGAACUUAAAGAUUUGAAUCAAAAAUUCACAUUGGCUCAUCAACAAAUGCAAGCAGAUUAUGAACGAUUAAAACAAGAAGAAGCAAAUAAAUCUGUUAAAUUACAAGAAUUAAUUUUGCUUAAUGAACGUCGUGAACAAGCUCGAAAAGAUCUUAAAGGUCUAGAGGAAACAGUAGCCAAAGAACUUCAAACAUUGCAUAAUCUUCGCAAGUUAUUUGUUCAAGAUCUUCAAACUAGAAUAAAGAAAACUAUGAUUGCAGAAGAUAACGAAGAUGAUGGCGGAUCAUUAACACAGAAACAAAAGAUUUCCUUCCUCGAGAAUAAUUUAGAUCAGCUUACAAAGGUUCAUAAGCAACUUGUAAGAGAUAAUGCUGAUCUUCGAUGUGAAUUACCUAAACUUGAAAAAAGAUUACGAGCUACUAUGGAACGUGUCAAAGCUCUAGAAACAGCAUUGCGAGAUGCCAAAGAAGGUGCAAUGCGAGAUCGUAAACGUUAUCAGUAUGAGGUAGAUAGAAUCAAGGAAGCGGUUAGACAAAAGAAUUUAGCCCGUCGUGGACCGAGUGCGCAAAUUGCUAAACCAAUUAGAGCUGGUCAACAUCAUUUAACUAAUGUUGCUAUUAGAACGGGAAAUCGUGGUUUGUCCGAUUUUAUAUAAAGGAAUCGAUAAAAAUGUUAUACAGUUUGGAAUAAAUAUAUUCAAUAUAUUUAAUGUUAAACUACUUAGUUUAACAAAUGAUAUUUUCAUAUAAAAAUAUUUAAAAGACGAACAAACCUUGCGAAAAUUUUAAUUUUCAAUUUUUUUAAAUAAAUGGUUAUGGGUAAUUUUUUAUUUGUUAAAAAAUUAAUUUUUAGUUAAUGAUUUUGUUGAUGUAGUUUUCAUAUUUGUUUAUUUUUUUCAUGUUUUUAUUCAGAUAUGGGUAGUAACAACGUACAGUGAUCGUGAGCAUAAUGCCAAACCCUUCACUUUUACAGAAAAUGAAUGCAAGAAUGCUUUCAUCAAUGAAAGCAAUAGAGUUCCAGAGACUCUAAUUUGUAGUGGAUACCCAUAAAUGUUACAACUAUAUAGUAAGGGUAAUAGACGUAAUAUAUCCGCAAGGAGCACCGCCAGUUCUUUUUAUUUGUCUCAAAACAAGCAUGUGCUUAGGUAUAUUCAAAUAAGUGCAUUAAGUUAUAAAAUUAGUGCUGCAUGUCCUAUCGAUUUGUAAAUAGUUAAUUUUUAUAAAUUAUUUAACUUAAUAUCAUGCACGAUGAAUAAAAGUGAAUGUCUAUCAAAUAAUCAUGCAAAGGCCUCUUAUGAAAAAUGUUUUAAUAUUUAUUUCUAAUAAAAUUUUGUAUACUGUAUCUUUAAAAAGAUAAAUGAAUUCUAUUAUAAUGGAAUAGAAAAUAAAUUUCUAAAAAUGAUUAAUAUAAUUUAAUCAAUUUGUCUAUAAUAGUUUUAAUUGAUCUGCUAUCAACAUUAAUAUUUCCCAUCAAAUGAGGCAAUACUAUCUAACAUUUGGUAGGUAUCGCUGACAUGAAAUGCGAUUGGACAUGCGGCUUUGAAAAAAUUGUAGGAAUGAUCGUGGCUUAUAAGUAUUUAUAAUUGUAAGAAUUCUCUCCAUUGCUAUUAACAUAUACGCGACAAAAAAUUUUUUCGGACCUUCUAGAGAGCUCACUUAACGAAAGUGUUAAGUUUGUUGGCUACUCUAAAUAUUAUUAUGGUCCAAGAACCAAUGGCUUUAUGAACAUUUUCGACAGAAAAAUUUCAUCCUUAUCUUUGUUCAUGUUUAUUUUAUUAAUUAUAAUACAAUUCUCACUACAUCGAUCUUUAUAUAUUCAUCUAAUUUAAAUUAAUUUAUUAUUGCUUAUUCUUGUUUAUAUCAGAGGCUUUUAUAUUACAUUUAAAUUUUUAUAGACCAAUAAAAUUUGGUCUAUAAAGAAGUCUUUUGUCUUAGAUAAACGUAUUAGUUUAUGUUUCUUCAUGUUGAGCUUAUGCUCGGAAGUUACCUAGAUGUAUUGUACGUCUAAUUGUGAGCUAUUGCACAGGUCUGCUUAAGUUCCUAAAACCUGUUGCAGGCCGCCGAAAAUUCGCUCACACAUUCUUUUUCUUUUUUUUUUCUUUCAGUGUAAUCAUUGAAUGUAACGUACACAUGCAUUUUUUAGAAAACUAUUCUUUAACCAUAUUUGUCAGUAAUUAAUGCUUUUCAAUUUUUGUGUACUUUUUAUGUACUUUUUUGUAAUUGUUUUAUUUAUGAUUUUCUUAAAAAUGUACGAGCCACACGUACUUGAUGUAUUGUCCAGAGCAGGAGAAUUCUAAACAAUAUUAAUUUAAGAUAGGUUUCUAUAAACUGUGCGCAACAAAAUAUUUGUUUGUGAUACGUCGAAAUUUUGUUACGCGCAGAUUCUUUAUGAUGUGUAGACAAAAAAAAUUAACAUUUUCUUUAUCUAUGAAUCAUUGUCUCUCGUUGUUGUUGACAACAACGAAAGAAAUCAUGUUUCCAUGUGAAAUCAUUUUUUGUCAUCUUCCGUUUUUUAACUUUUGUGAUAUCGAGAGUGAAAUUGUGUUUGCAUAUUAUGCAAAGACAAGUGCGUGGUGCAUAAUGAGUGCAAUUAUUAUUGUCAAAUGUAUGUAAAUAUAAUCGUAUUCCAUUACAUUUAUUUGGCAAAUUAAAACGAUCUUUGCAAGUUGCCCUACUCGUAAAAGGCUACAAAUAUAUGUAUUUAUUGAAAAAUACACUUAAUAUUACUGUUUCAAAGCCUUAACAAUUGUCGAAAUAUUGUCAUACAAUAAUGUAUUUUUCAUUCUACUAUUCAACUAAGAUAUUAAUGUAUUUGCUGAAUUUUGGAUCAUGAUUCAAUUCUCUUCUUAAGCUAUUGAAUCAUGAAAUAAAAUUUCAGCCUAGGGAACUCUUUAAUUGUGAAUUUCGAGUAUCGACCACUUUUUCUUACUAAAUAACAUUUAUUUUUAUAGACUAUUGUAAAGGCAUUAUUGAUUUUUCAACACGGAGAAAAAAAUUCGAAAGUACUUAUUGAACAAAUUUUUGUUACGAUCAAAAUAUAAUUAAAAAAAUGAUCGAAUUCAUAAAUCAGCCUGUUAUAUAUAUUAUAAUAUAAUUUAAAUUAUCAGCAUUUUUUUCUAAUUGACAUAUAUGUUUAUUAUUAUUAUUUUUUUAUAUAAUUUAUAUAAUUUAUGCGCAUAAACAGGCAAUGAAGCUUAAGAAAAAUUUGAUGAAUUUUAUUGUAUAACUCCUCGAAAAUCAGAUCCUUGUCGAAAAGUCCUUUUUAAAAAUCUUCGAUAUAUAUACACGAAAAGAAAUAAAAUAAAAAUCAGAGUUAUUAUUAUUUUCAUAAUACAUCAAACAUAUUUAAAAUUAUAAUUAAAAAAGAGUAGUUAAUAUUUAAUGGUAUACACAUAGAAAAACAAAAAUCACUGUUAAUGAGGAGGUUGAUCUAUAACCGCUGCCGUUCUUUUGUAAACUGUACGAAAUAUGCGAAUGUGAAGGAAAUAAAUAAGUUGACAGAUGUA